AUGACACGCUUCGGCUUCUCCCUUCUCCUUUCAUUGGUCUGCCUCACCAACAUCCUGGUCUUGGCCACACAUUAUCCUACCUACGACUAUGGCCCCAAUAUGAAGAAACGGAUCAGGCGCGAGCUCGAUCGUCGUUCGCCCAUAGUGCUCCGAGACAAGACCGGCGGCGAUAUCCAGGUGCGCCAGGAAAUCCGUCAGCUCGAGAAGGACAAGGAUGUAUGGACACUCUAUAUCCUGGGCUUGAGCAUGAUGCAGUACACAGACCAGACGUCUCCGACUUCGUAUUAUGGGCUUGCUGGGAUACACGGGAUGCCUCACCAGAGCUGGGGCGGCGUGCAACCUGUCGCAGGCAACGAGGACACGGGCUACUGCACCCAUUCCUCGGUUCUGUUUCCUGCCUGGCACCGGCCAUACAUGGCUCUGUACGAGCAAGUUCUCCAAGACCUGACUCUGAUGAUCGCAACGUUUUGGCCAGAGGAUCAACGGCCGCGAUAUGAGGCCGCUGCCCGUAGAUUUAGACACCCUUAUUGGGACUGGGCACUUGCUCCCCUUUCGGGGGAGAGCGUUCUCCCCAAAAGCAUCGGGGGUAGUCCAUACAUCGACAUUGAUGGGCCGAGUGGUGUCCAGAGGAUUUCAAACCCGCUGUUCAGCUAUAGCUUCAAGCCCCUUGAUAAGGCAGCUUUCAGUUCCGGUCCUUGGAAUUCCUGGGUUCGGACCUUAAGAAGCCCGUCAAGUAAUGGUCCGGAUGCGCAGUCGAAUAAUUCGGCGGUGGCUAAGAACCUCGACCAAAACCGUGCUUCCAUAGCCCAGCGGCUCUACACGUUGUUCUCGAGCAGUGAUAACUACACCACGUUCAGCAACAACGCAGCAAGCGGCAACUCAAUCGAAGCGCUGCAUGACAGCAUCCAUACCCUAGUCGGCGGGUUAGGGCCUAGUUGGCCAUCACCCCAGCCCGGACAUAUGGCUUACACACAAUGGGCCGGCUUUGACCCCAUUUUCUUCCUGCAUCACUGCAUGGUCGACCGUAUCUUCGCUCUCUGGCAAGCGAUCCACCCUAACCAAUGGGUUGUUCCUUCCCAAGCCCUCCUCAAUUCUUACACCACCCGCCGAGGCCAGGAGGUUAACGGUCAAACACCUCUUACCCCAUUUUAUAAACACGAGAAUGGUACUUUCUGGACUGCUGAUGGUAUUCGCGACCACACCAAACUUGGAUACACCUACGCCGAGCUACUGCGAAGGUCCAGUGACACCGUAUUGAAUUCGGAGCUGGCGGCUGAAGGGGCGGGACAAUCCCAAUCUGUCAAACAUGCCGUGAAUCAAUUGUAUGGUGGCUCCAGCCCGGCUAGCCGUUUCCUCGUGGGCCUCAGUGCCGAGGGUGGUGCCAAUGGUGCCAAAACAGGCCACAAGGUCCCCCAUCUUUCCUCCAUUGAAUCCAAAAUCUUCUUUGGAGCGAACAGCGACCAAUAUCACGAGUGGCACGUCCUUAUUCGCGCCAAACCGCAGACCCCAAACGGAACCGACGUCUCGGCGGUAGCUCUCUUUCUAGGAACUGACGAUAUACCCGCCGAGCGGAGCGACUGGGCCACAGCUCCUAGUUAUGUUGGCUCGACGGUCAUGUUCGUCCCCGCCACAACGGACACAGGUCCAGCGCGGAUGAUGGUCGAUUUCCCUGUAUCGGGCUCCAUCCCGUUGACAGAGAUAUUGGUCGAGAAGGUCAUUGAGGGCCAGCUGGAAGGUUUGGCGCCAAAGUAUGUCGUACCGUAUUUGAAUGCACAGCUGAAGAGGGUGGUGCUGGGUCCCAAGGGGGAUGUGGUGGCGGGCGAGCAAGACAAGUGUGUGGAAGGGAUGCAGAUUCGUGUCGUCAGUUCGGAGGUGGAGGCGCCGUGGAGUGACGAGGAACUCCCACAGUGGGGGGAACAGCAGGUUGGGUUGGAGUUGUGUUAA